AUGGCUGAAAUAGACGUUGUUGGACCGAGGAGUCCGACUCUCGAGACGCUCCAGAAUCGCCAACGCGAAAUGCGGCGAGCACGACCGCCAGAUAUAACAAUUAUUAAAAAUGAGAACAGAAUUCCACUACGGCCAGAGAGGUUAGAAAAGCGCGAGUCUAGGAUUGGCUUAAGGAGCUUAUUCGGCAGGUCGAGAACCGGGAGGGAUGAUAAGACAGGAGACGAAGCAUUACCAUCGCCAAAGGAGUCACCACGACAUGGCGGGAGACGCACCUCGCUAGCUGAUAUCGGUGUCUUCAACCGGGGGUUUCAUUCGUCCCGCUCUGAGGUUUCCCUUUUACCUUCACCUUUGGCGCUAGCAAAGCCAUCGCCGACUGAAUCGUUUUCUUCAAUAAAUUAUCGAGGGCGUCGAGGUAGCAAUGCAGCUAACAAGAGCAAACUUGGUCAACCAGUAUCACCGAAGAGCCCGACGACUACGGCGUUUGAUCCGCCGCCAUUAUUCAAAAUGUAUCCCCAGGCAAUUAAGCAUGCCACACUACCAGCUUGCGUCACCCCGAUAGAGACCCUAGUUCGCUUCAGCGAGUCCAAAGAUAACUCACUACAGAAUGACUUUUCGCAGGGUGAUAUCACUCUUGACCGACGAGAAGCAGGGCGGAAGGCCGAGGGAGAUAAGAAAAAGAAAUCCAAAUUCGCGCCGGAAUGGACCAGCAAGAUCUACUCACUUGUCACCUCUGGAUACUUGCUCCAAUAUGCGGCCGAGGGCUCCUUCAAUAGGUUACCUGAGAAGGUAUUACAUCUCACUCGAGAUUCGGCUGCUUAUGUUAGCGACCUAAUUCCUGGAAAGCAUUGGGUUGUUCGAGUGACUUCAUCCACGGAUGCCGACGGAAACCCAUCUAUAGAUGCGAAAUCCCUUAGGUCUAGGCUUGCUCUAAGAGGAGUCGAGAAGCGACAAGUCUCUAACAUGCUACUUGUUUUCGAAAACCCCGAGACUAUGGAUGCUUGGCUCGCUAUCCUGAGACGAGAGAUCGAAUCGCUAGGCGGUAAGAAGAAGCUUUCGGAAACUGGAAACCCCGAAUCAGACAGCAGCGCUACUACACUAAAGACGCAGGGCAGCCAGAGGACCAUUGUUGUUCGAGAUCCGGCCCGUUUCUCGCGUAUUAUUUCCCAGGACUUCUCAUGGACUCAGGAGAAUGCGCUUGUCGAUCCUACAGAGGAGAGUGAUUCCAAUAACCCGCCAUUAAAGCGACUGUCGGAGUCGACUGUGGAUGAUGAUUCGAGUAUGGUUUCGUCGGAUGGUCAACGCCUAGACAGCCUCCGGGAUAGUAGCACCGGCAAUGGUAAUCGAUUUUCCUUCGUCUCAUCCGGACAACGGACAAUGGUGUCUUCGGCGGAGUCAUCGCCGGCCAAUUCUCCAAUUCGAGCAAGUUUCUCGAGCCAGGAGGAAUAUCUAUUCCAAAAGAAUCAAUCACCAUUACCACCUACCCCCGAGGUUAGGCCGCGUCCCAACGCCGCCGCAAUCGCAAACCGCAGACAGUCGAUGCAGACUAUGAUCCCUGCUUUCGAUCAUCGUCUAGAUACGGGUAGUCGCCCGUCUUUGACCCUAUCUCCUCCCCCUCCUAAAUCAAGCCAUGGCGACAGGCAUCAGUUCGUACCUAACUUUAGCGUACCACAUGCAGUGGGUAGACGAUACUCGUCGUUGAGUUUGUCUGUAAUUACCCCCCGAUCCGAACAGGUGCAAGCAGUCAGCCGAGACGGGCUCGCUAAGCCUCCUCCUUUUCGAAGGAGUCCGCCGACAACCCUCCCCAUCUCUCGACCCCUCUCUAUUGUUCUUGAUCAGCCGCCACCAAUACCAUCUUGCUCGUCUAACUCACCUACCCCCCCAAUGAACAAGGUAUCUGCUUUACAGAUGCCUGAUUCACCGACCAUAUUUAGCUCUUGGGCUAGCAAUGCUCUAAAGCAGCGGUCGCAGGAAAGGGGGACCCCACCGAAGAAGAGCCAUCUGUCGAAGCAGGUUACCGGCGGAACUCAAAACACCACCACAGAACGUCGUAGUACAGAUGGUAUACGUGCCAGUCGACAAGGUCCGACACGUCCCCAAGCUAAUACAAGUAAAUCAUCCAUUCCUCAACUAGCCCGCGCCCAGUCCUCGGAGAUUGCAGACGCGCCCGAGCUAAUACGCAGGCCCGCCUCAUCUUUUGAGAUGCGGAGAGUAUCAACGGCCCCGGUUCCCAAAUAUGUAUCUUACAACUGCACCCCGCCGCUAGACGAGUACCCAACCCGGCAGAACCGCCACUCGUUAACAUUCCCCAAGCGGUCCUCCAACUUAUCUUCUAUCGAAGAACCAACCUAUACGCUAUCGCCGCCUCUAGCCUUCUCUCCUAAGCGCUCGGUGCCUUCCCUCAAGGCCCUGCAGCAGGAGACAUCACCAAAGCAAUUAUUAGCGAUGAACAUGAGCCCAAAAGCCCUUUUGACCAGGAGAAGCAUGCCUCACCUCUCAGAAGGCCCGCCUCCUGCUCCUCCACCAACCUGCGCGCUUCCUCCGCUUCCGGGGAAGUAUGCAGCUACCAUGCCCAGGAGCACGAAAACUUAA